AUGUUUCGAACACAUGAUAAUUUGGUGAGUUUAUUUAGAGAUGUUUUUCGCGUGAUGUUUAAGAAUUUUAUUUUCAGAACAUUCCAACCUAUGUGCAUAUCAGUUUGAUAGAUGAGCCAAACCCUCGAGAGUCGAUAAAACUUCCGUUUUCUUUUCGUCUUGACAACCCAACUUUGGAACGAAUUGCUGUCAAAAAAUUGAAAAGUGUUGAACGCGGAUGUAAGUUUUUUUCUGCAAAAUUAAAAGCAGAUAAACAAAUAAAGUUGGAUUUCGAACUUUAUUCAGAGCAAUAAACAUUUUUCUGCAAUUUGAGACUUGCAGAUGUGUACCCGACGAUUGAUGUGGUUUUUGUGAAAGGUGAAGUGACGUUGGCCAAACGAGAGGAAUCCGAUGAAACUAAUUGUGGUCAGUAAAUUUUCAAGAAGAGAAAUAUUCGACAAAUUAAAUCAGAGAAACUUUUCAGGAUUCUACAAAAGUGUGCAGACAAUUUCAAGAAAACUGAAAAAGUCUCAAAUAAUACCUGAAGUUGAUCAUGAAUUGAAUAUGAAUGGAUACUUGAUUUUUGCAUAUAAAACUAUGGAAGAUAUGCAUACACAAAAAUUUACGGAGUCUUGGAAAACUUGGAGUGGUGCAAGAAUGCUUUGUACUAAAAUGCCAAUGCCACAUUUGGUUACCAAGUAUGUGUUUUUGAGGAAUUGACUAAUUAUCAGUAGCUCCAAAAUGUAUGAUAGGAAUCUAUUUUUAUUUUUUUAGAAGUAUAACAUUUAUACACAUUAUUUCAAAAAUUCCGCUCAUGACAGUGUUUUUGAUUUGAGCUCACAUUUCUCUAACAUUUUUUAUCUACAUAGCUCAUACAUAUUUUUCCAGACUCUCAUUUUAUCGUCGUGUAAGUGGACACUUGACCUUUGAAUAUCUUCUAAUCGCGAAAAUCAAGAAUAUGAUGCUUAAUGCAGCUCCAGCUUUGAACGUUCUUCAUUACAUGAAACCCAAAGUUUGUGCAUAUGUUGGAGCAUAUCGCAAAAUAUCUUUCGAGGUAAGCUAUUUCCCCCAUCUUCAUACUGGAAAAAAACAACACAUUAGCACUAAUUGUUUUUAGGUCAAUAGAAAACUUUGUGACAGUUUGGGAUUGAUUGAAGCAGAUUAUGUAAAUGCGUUGACCAGUCGAAUGAGAGUUACAUAUAGUAAUAAUACUGGAUAUGUUCAAUUGUCAAAUGAUAUUGAGUUUCGAUGUAUUGAGGAGGAAGAAGAACUGAGACAUCCGAAAGAUGUUCCCAAAAAAGUGUCGACUCAAAUGCAAACUGAUCCAACAACUUAUUCAAUGAGAAAAUCGAGAAGAACGCUUCCAAGGUAUCAAAAAAUUUUGAAAGAAGGAUUUGAAAAAAUAUUAUCUGAAAAGUUCCAAAAAUAUCUCUCUUGAUGUAUAAAUUUUCCCAGUGUUAACAUUUGUCACUGGACAGUUCUCAAACUUUAUUGCAACGUUGUUUCAACAUAGUUUUGAUCUAAUUCUCAAAAAUCAUUUCCUUAUCAGCUUUUGAAUAUGAAUAUGUUUUUCAGAACAAUCUCAUCAUUUCCGGUUCCCGGAACAGCAAAUAGUCCAUCAAUUCCAUCACCUGAUUCAGUAAUUCAGAGUAUUUUGGAAAAUCGCAACAAAAUCGUGACAAUUGGCAACAAUUUUCUAUUGGUUUUAGAUAAUCGCGAGGGCAUGCAUAAUAUAAAAUAUCCUUUCGAGAUUAACAAGAUUACAGAUCACAAGUCCCCGGAUCAAAACAAAAUGGUUAGUCAAAAAAAAAUUAGAGAAGAAAGGAAAUGUGUCAUAUUUACAGAUUCUGACCAACAAUCAAACAAGUUAUGAUGAUUUGCCAAAAAUCAACAACUUUUCAAGGUAAUUUAUAUCCCGAAUAAUCUUUAGCUUCAGAAUGAAAAAAAACAUAAGAUCUACAUCUUCCCAAUUUUUCUAAGAAUUAAUUUAAUGGAAAGACAUUAUUUGUUUUCUUUUAGAUAUUCUUAUAGAAUCAAAAAAUCAUUAUUGUUCUGAAGAUUACUUUCGUAUAGUCGGCGAUUCAAUACCUUUUUUUAUUGUAUUUUCUAUUUUUUCAUAAUUUUUGAUCAUAGAAAAACAAGAACAACGCAUAAUUUUUAUCAAUCUGCAAAAUCUUUCUAAUGACGUUAGAUUAUUUCGCGGAGCUGAGCAGAGCAAGUAAAUUUCAUUUUUUACGAAAAAAAAACAUUUAAAAAUGAAAAAAAAAUCAUAUGAAUAUUAAAUGAUGUUAUUUAACCUAAAUUUAAUAAAUUAAUAAUUGUUAUUUUCUAAAGCCUCCAUUCAUUUUCUGCACUAUUUUUUUACGAUUCUCUAAAUAUUUCAGAUUCAUCAAUGAAUGGGAUGAAUACACAAAGAGUGUUUUUGCACUCCUUUUUUUAUUUUGCAUGAUUAAGUAAAUGAAUUUCGUUCAGUUUUUUUUCUCAAACCCACCGUAUUUUUCUUAAUCUUCUUUAAGUACUUGUAUUUUUUUCAGCAGCAACAAAAAAGACAUCAAAAAGAAUGAAAAUGACGAUAGUGGAUCACUUUUGCGUCGAUUGAAAACCGAAUAUUUUAAUUCGGAAGAAUACACGGCUGCUGAAUUAUGCCAAUUUUCACCAAUUUGA